ACAGUGUUGUUCCCUGGAUGUGAUUCUCACAUCUCUUCCCUGCAGAAAUGGGCUUGUCUGUUGUGAAAGUUUGCUUGAGUUGCUAUGGCUACCCCAGCUGGAGCUCGCGGUACCGUACACAGACUCCAGCUCCUGCUGCUAUAAUGCUGUAGUUCUCCAGCCCCCCCGGCCGUUCCCUGCAGGACGGACAAACAGAUCAGCCCUGAACUGACUCUGAGCUAAGAACAACAUGCCCUUUGUAAAAUAUCCUAGGACUGCAGAGCCUCUCUGGAAUGAAUGGGACAGGAAAGCCCAGAAAAAUGGAUUAAGACAUACUAUUUAUGCUGUAAAUGGGGAUCACUAUACUGGGGAAUGGCUGGACAAUUUAAAACAUGGUAAAGGAACGCAGAUCUGGAAACGCACAGGAGCAAUAUAUAAUGGUGACUGGAAGUUUGGAAAACGAGAUGGAUAUGGAACGUACAGCAUUCCUGAUCCUGUAACUAAAGGAUAUAAGAAAGUGUAUUCAGGCUGGUGGAAAAAUGACAAAAAAUGUGGCUACGGAACUAGAUUUUAUUCAGACGCCGAAUAUUACGAAGGGGAAUGGAGCAGUGGGCAAAGAAGUGGCUGGGGCAGAAUGUACUACAAGGAUGGAUCCAUCUAUGAAGGGCAAUGGCUGAAAGACCAGCACAGCGGCCAGGGAAUGCUUCGCCUAUCAAAUGAAAAUCGGUAUGAAGGAACCUGGAAAGAUGGAAAGAAACAUGGGCCAGGAAAGUUUUUCUACUUGGACAAAGGACAGCUGUUUGAAGGUUUCUGGGUUGCAGAUGUGCCAAAGUCUGGCACUAUGAUUGACUGUGGCAGGGAAGCAGCUCCAGCCCCUACUCAGUAUCCAAUCCCAAAGAUUGAAUUGGCCAAUCCAGAUGGUGUUUUGGAAGAGGUCUGGGCAAUGUUUGAUGACCGCCAAGAAGAUCAAAUGGAUGCUGGGAGAAGAUGAGAGAAUGCAGUCCUCGGUUUCCUCAUUUGGAACAUUGUCCUAGGUCUGUAGAGUACCAUAUUGGGCUGCGCUCUUUAAAGCAGAGACAUCUGCAAGCUCACUCUGUUUCCAAACACUUUGCUAGCACCUCCAAACCAUCCGUGUGGACUUCUUUCUGUAUUCAUAUUUCCAAAUGAACUAUUUUGCUUGGGAGUUUGGAAGCUGAAGAGACCUUGUAGGAAGAAAUAAUCCUGCCCACAUAUAUACUGAAGUCAGUGGCUUUCUCCUAUGAAACAGGAAACCAACUUCUAGGCUGUUUUAAUGCCAUACAAUACAGUCAAAUAGACUGAAAGCUAAGCACACACCCUUUACACUAUCUUCCAGUCGCAAGAAUUUGAGUCAUGGCAGAAUCUUGGAAGAUGCAUAUUUUCCGUUCUUCAAGCCACAAACACAAAGUUAAUUUAGUCCUAGUGUUAAAUAAGGGACGCGCAGAUGCCGGCAUUGCAUACUUAUCAGCCGGAGACUGGCUGACUGUUGUCAGCCUGGUAUUGCAGAACAAGACCAUGUCUACUGGUGGCCACAGAAGAAAGCAGCUACAGCAGCCUGAAUUUCUUCCUACUAUAAUUCCAUGAUGGUAGCUGCAUUUUAAAAAUCAGCUUAUAAACUCCAGGUAGCUUUCCUGGAACUUGAUAACGUAAGAGUAAUUUUUUUGCUGGAUUAUAUACUAACUAAACAAACACGAGUCUGGUUUGCAGCCUGACUCAGGACUCCUGCAUCACAGUGGUAUGAAGUUAGCCUUCAGUGGAACAGCUAACCCUAAAGCAAGAGCACUAAGUGCUAUCCCUACUCUCCACGUCCAGUUAAUCAAAUAGAAUUGACCCAACAGUGCCGGUUUCUUUUUAAAAACACCCCAUUAUUCUUACAGGAUACUUUUUUUUGAGCUGAGCUUGAAUGCAACAACUAAGCCUUUGCACCUUUGAGGAGUAUUUCUCAUUCAAGCUCCAGUGAAUAAGCUUUUUGUGGAUGAACAAGCUAAAUUGGAGUUUGAGUUCUCUGCACAGCCUAUAGCGCCACACUUGCAUCAUCUAUUUAAUCUGCCCUCUGAUUUAGCUUCAGUGCUGCAGUCUAGCCAGAUUGUGACACCCGACUGCACUGGUCACAUGGCCAUACUCACUUCCACAGAGAGUGAACUUCUUCAUUGAACAGCUGGGGGAGAUGGGCACAGUGUCUUAGCUCAGUACAAGUUACUUCUUUUCAGGGCCUUUUCCCACUUGCACACGAGAUGGGAGGCAGGAUUUCUUUAACAUGCUGUAGGAAACUGGAACAUAGGAAAAAAACUGAAAUGCCCUCUCUCUUGUACCCCUUCCCCACACCCCUCUUGCCUUCCCCCAACGACACUUAGUAGAACCCACCAUUGCGCGCAGAAGCUGAGCUUCACACAAAUGUCAAGCAGGCCCGACAGAUCUGGGAAUGGAUGUUGCCACAAACCAAAAUGGGCAUUGCAACAAACCAAGUUCUAAUUCUUUUCCCCCCCCCCCCCCCCGCCAUCAAUAUGAGAUUGCAUCUUUCUCUCUACAUUUAAUACAAGGAUGAGAGAAUUUAACCACUCUGUGACCAAAGGUCACCGCUGCCAAUUUUAGCAUCACAUUCUACCAUCACAUCCCUCUGGUCUUCAGUGCGUGCGUCUACACGUUGCCGUAUGGCGACAGUGACGCACCAUGCCACCCUAGUGACAUAGCAAUCAUGUGAAUCUACACACGAUAGCUAUGUUGCUGUCGCAGCGCAGUCCCUGCUUAUAGCGCACCACUACAGCAUGUGUGCCGCCUGUACAGUGCAGUAUGGGCAGUUAUUGCGCCGUUGUAGUACUUCCAAAAGGAAGUACUAAAAUACAGUGAUGUGUAGACAUGCCCAGUAAGUCAUAACCGUCAAGUGGGAUUGCUACCUUGAAGUCAAUGGAGCCACACCAGUAGCUUAAUUUCUAUACUGGUACAAGGACUUCUUUUUUGUAGCAGACUGCCACUAGGUUUUGUACGAGCACACUAUUUGUAUGCGGCACUGCAACCAGUUAACAAGAGCCAGUGUUAUGAGUCAGGGACCACAUCAUGAGAUCAUCUGUUUACACCACUUCCAAAUAUCGCUCAUUUUGUUUAUUGUUCUUUUAACUUUUCCUGGCUCUCAUCUGAGUAAGGGUCUUCUUUUUCAGACACUCCAUAGAGAAUAAUACCAACACAAUUCUUCGUCCCAAGAAACAAGCAGCGUCAGAAUUAGGAAACAUGCUGAGGCUAUAUUAAGCUUGUUAUGCUGACUAGCAGCCAGAAAGGCUUUGCCUUUGUCUGGAAAACUAGAGAGAACCUGGUAUCUGACACACUGCAUGAUUAAACACUGAACAUGUUUAAGAGGACAUCCACAGGAACCUGGGGUUACAAUAAGUACUGAAGGUGUGCAUUGUCUGGCGUCUUGACAAGAUAAAAUAACCAUGCCGACCAAGUAUAUUUUUAUUUAAUUAUUAUAAAGUCAUUUAUAUCUAAGUAAAAGCUGUAUACAGUAACUGAUGUUUAAAGUGUCUGAGGUAAAUGCUUAAUACCAUUAGUAUAAAUAAGGAAUAAAAAUAAAACGGUGUGCUCUACUGUUCAGAGUCCA